AUGGAACCGAGGAACGUCAGCAGCGCCUCCAAGUUCAUCCUCCUGGGGCUCUCCAGCCAGCCCGAGAGGCAGGACCUCAUCUUCGGGAUCUUCCUGGUCAUGUACCUGGUGGGGGCAGCUGGGAACCUGCUCAUCGCCCUGGCCAUCAGCGCCGACACUCACCUCCAUACACUCAUGUACCUGUUCCUCAGCAAUCUGUCACUGGUGGACUUCUGCUUCCUGUCAGCCACGGUGCCCAAGAUGUUGGUCAACAUCUCCAAGUGCUCACAGUCUAUCUCUUAUGGUGGCUGCCUGAGCCAGAUCUAUUUCUGUGUGCUGCUGGCCAACAUGGACAACUUCCUGCUGGCAGACAUGGCCUACGAUCGCUACAUGGCCAUCUGCCACCCCCUAAGCUACUCCACCAAGAUGAGCCACACCAUCUGUGCCCUGCUACUGGGCAGCUCAUGGCUGGUGGCCAACGCACACUCAUUGCUGCAUACUCUUCUCAUGGCCCACCUGAAUUUCUGUGCCAGAAAUGUCCUCCCCUACUUCUACUGCGACCUCUCGGCCCUGCUGCAGCUCUCCUGUUCAGACACAUGCCUCAAUCAGCUCAUGAUCCUUCUGGUGGGUAGCCUCAUCACACUGCUGCCCUUCCUGGGCAUCCUGGGCUCCUACGUGCACAUUGUGGGCACAGUGCUCAAGGUGCCAUCUCAACAGGGAAAGCGCAAGGCCUUCUCCACCUGCAGCUCCCACCUUACGGUGAUCAGCCUUUUCUAUGGCACCAUCACUGGCGUCUACCUAAGCCCCUCCGCUGCCCACUCAGAACACCAGGACUCGCUGGCCUCGGUCAUAUAUAUGGUGGUCACCCCUAUGCUCAACCCCUUCAUCUACUGCCUGAGAAAUAAGGACAUGAAGGGAGCGCUCUUCAGGCUAAAGACUUUCUCGGUGAUGUGA